AAGAAAAACAAUAAUUCGGAACAAUAUUCUCAUCCAUCAUUUUUCGGAAAUUCGAAAGGUUCUCGGAAGUUACGACACGCGAAAAUGGAAGAAAACACACAAGUGAAUGGUGUUACCGGCAACAAAAAGAAGGAUGGCACCGACAUAAACGAAAAUUUAUGGUCAGAAAUAUUGGGUGAAGUUCAGACACAAAGCAGCACGAAGCUGCCUUCGAACAAGUCGCUGUUAGUUUUGGGAGAUAAUGCAAGCGGAAAAACUACUCUGAUUGCCAAGUUGCAAGGUGUAGAGGACCCGAAAAAGGGCGCCGGGCUUGAAUAUGCAUAUAUUGAUGUCAGAGACGAGUACAGAGAUGAUGUUACGCGAUUGGGCGUGUGGGUGUUAGAUGGCGAUCCAGGUCACACAAAUCUCCUGAAAUACGCGCUGAACGAAACCAAUUUCUCAAAUACGCUUGUUAUCCUUACCGUAUCGAUGACGACGCCAUGGAGCUGGGAAGACCAACUCACGCACUGGAUCAAAGUCUUGUCAGAUCACAUUGACAAGUUGAAGCUCGAGCCGGCGGAUGCGCGCGAACUCGCGAAACAACGACUCGAAGCAGCGUGGCAAAAUUACUGCGAGACGGGCGUCGAUGAUCUCGAUCCGGGCAGUCCCUUGAAAAAUCGUACAAAUCGCCUGUCCUCGAUUGAGGAUGAUGUCGAUGCGUUGCCAUUACCGGAUGGAGUAUUAACGACCAAUUUGGGCGUCGAUAUUUGCGUGGUUGUCACCAAAACGGACUAUAUGACAACGUUGGAGAAGGAACUCGAUUACCGAGAUGAGCAUUUUGACUUUAUGCAACAGUGGAUACGGACGUUUUGCCUUCAGUAUGGCGCAUCCCUGUUCUAUUCGAGUGUAAAAGAAGACAAAAACUGUGAUCUACUAUACAAAUACUUAACGCAUCGGAUCUACGGACUGCCAUUCAGGACUCCUGCACUCGUUGUCGAGAAGGAUGCUGUGCUAAUUCCUGCUGGAUGGGAUAACAUGAAAAAAAUUAGUAUCCUUUACGAAAAUAUGCAAUCAUGCAAACCCGAAGACCCAUAUUCUGAAAUUAUUUCAACACCUCCUUCGAGAAAGACUGUUUCAAAUCGGGAAAUCGAAGUGCAAACAGAAGACGAACAAGCAUUUUUGGCCAAGCAACAGCAAAUAUUGCAGCAACAAGGUCAAACGCCGAUUCGCGGUGAGUCGCCAUUACGCGUUCCAAGCUCAACAAAAACGCCAACGAGGCCUGUCGGUACAGGAGAUAAUCGAUCACCGGUAAAGGGUCUUGGUCAAAAUGCGGGAGGAACUCCCGGAGGCGAAGGCGUUUUGGCGAACUUCUUUAAUUCAUUAUUGCACAAGAAAAGCGGAUCUCCUGGCAGCCCAUCGCUCGGCGGCGCAAGUCCCACAACGCAAGCUCGUACCGCAACGAAUGGCACGGAUGGCGAUAAAAUUGCGAUGCGAACGGAUGCUGCUGCCGAACUUGAUCGACUGACGCGAAGUGCAAAAAAGGAUCUCGACUUUGCAUCACAACCACAGUCGUCGGAUUGUUAAAGUCUGAGUCAUUACGAAAAAAAAAAUUUACAUAUUAUUAAAUUAAUCGCAUGAGAGUGAGUUAAAAAUUUGUAAUUAACUCGUUGAAAGUGCCGCAGUUUAGUUGUGAGUUUGAGUUUAAAGCAAACAAAAAAAACGUAUAAAGUUAAUAAAUACUCUUGAUUCCAAUAAAACUUUUCAAAAAAAAAAAUCAAGGUCAACUUCUUAAAAAAAGACGACAAAAAAUACAAAUUUUCUAUGCAUGAUUUUCUUCUAAAAAAAAUACUAAAAAAUCUUUA